AUGUACUCUGGACACAAAACAGCAUAUGAUAGCAAUUUCAUGUAUGGGUUCCAUGCCAGGCUGAGUCGUUUCCACAGCAACCAGCAGGCAUCUCAAGCAGGCAGUUCCAGCCAAGGCUUCAACGACCGACUGGGCAGACAAACUCAGGGCAGACAAACCCAGGACCCCCAUGAGCCUUGGUUUAGCUCGGGCUCGAGGAGAGAGCAUGGGCAGUUGCAUUGGGACCCACGGUCAGACAGAGGGCAUCGGAGAAGCUGUUCAGUAAAAACGGCCAGCAGACAGACCAGCGGGCACCUCGGCUCUCUGUGUACAGGGGAUGUCAAGCGGAGGCGAAAAGCAGCACCCCUCGGUUCCACCGCCCCCCCAGGAGUGGUCGGGGAGAACGCGCCUCCCAUCCCUGACACAAACAUGGGGAGCCGCAUGUUGCAGAGUAUGGGCUGGAGCCCGGGGAUGGGCCUUGGUCCAGAGGGCAGAGGCAUGACGGAGCCCGUCAGGGCCACACAGAGACCUAAAGGCACAGGUCUAGGCUUCAACUGAACACCACCUGGUUUCUGGAUCCUGAACCUGAAGCAGGCGUGGACAUGAGGCUCACAGAGCUACAUGGAGUGAGGGAGAUGAAAUGCUGCUCAGGGCGAUCAACAAUAAAAAAACAGUCCAGAAUAAUCCACACAUGCGAGUCAUAAGAAGGGAAGGAAUGAGGCUUGUCCUCGCAACAGUCUGUUGAAAGAGAAACUUUCCCAUAUUGGGGAAACUGCAAGAAGCCUGGGAUAUCCACACAGUUGGAGAGACUGACGCGUGAAAGUGAAUAAAACUGAGCUGGAGAAAAGACAACUUGCAAACACUUCCUCUCAAGAAACUCCAUGUUGGAGGAAAAUGACAUUGAUGCCUCAUCAGUGUGUUAUACUGAGCCAAUGAUGACAGUGUGGUUUGUUUUCAGUCAGCAGAAUUGGUUAGUGAAUUAACGAUAAAUGGUUUUGUCCGAUAUUGCACAAUAAUCUUGGACUAUUUGAGUAGGCCAUACCUUUUUAGGCUAAUGAAGUAAGGGUGCACUGUAGCGAUGUGUGUUGGAAUAUCAGGAUCUUUUCCCAUCUAUUUUAUUGUUCAUUUAUUGGAACAUGUCAUGAGAAUGCUUUCAUCUGUCGAAAAAAAAAAAAGUUUAAACCAAACCCACUAUUUUCCCUUCAUUAAGCACCCCUAUGUAUGCACGUGCAGCUGUGUCUGCUGCAGUUUCUGCUGCUGUUUACUAAGAAAACGCGUGAGAUUAAGUCUUGCCAAUGACUUGCUUGACUGUGACCUACUAUAGCCAUGCUCAAUGACUUUACAUAUAGAAUAUGAUGAAUAUGUCAGGUUACAAGCAUCUCCAUACAGCUUUGGAAUUUCCAAUGAAAGAGAGAAUUAAUACAUUUAGUUUAAUUUAAUUAAUUCAAUUUAAUGUCUUCAGAUGAUGAAAAAAUCACGGACUAUUGCUGACAGGCUGUGUUUGAAAUUACAUACUAACAUACUAUUCAUACUAAGUAUGAACUAAAAUUGAGUAUAUACAUAUGUAUGUUAGGGUACAAAACGUGGGAGCUCUCACAUAAUGUACUGUAGAAAUCGUAUAUAACAUUAAAAUAUUUAACUUUAAUUUUCCUUAACAUACUGAAAAAUAUAAUUGAGUGGAAGAUGUAAUGAUUUAGAUUUGUGAAAUCAACGUUUUCAACAAUUUCCAUUCAUUCAACGGCAGCUUGGACUGGUUACGUCAUGUGAUGCAGAGAAGACUUUACUUCAGUGAUGAUAGUCAUAUGCUAAUGACAUACUUAAUCAUUAAUUUAGUAGGAAGUACGCAGCACGUUAGUACGCAGUACGUUAGUACGCAGUACGUUAGUAUGCGAUUUCAAACACGCCCUAUGCCAUCUGAAGGUCCUACAUACCUUUUUGUUUCACAAGUGUUUCCAUUUAAUUAGCCUGAUUAGAGCUUGUCUCAGCACUGAGGGCGCGUACAGACCGCUUCAGGUCUAAUCAGGCAGAAGUGAAAACACCUGUGUUACUGUGCAGGACCUUUUUAGUUUAUUGUUUUCAUUUUAGACCCAUUGUCACUUACCUAACUGUGAUAUUGUUUCUUGUGUUCAUUUAGACUAUUGGGUAAUAUAGCUUGCCUGCGACCAUAGAUUGUCCUGAAUACAGAUUUGAAAUUAUUUUUAAGUGCAGGUAGAUAGAUGGUCUAGAAAAACAUGGAAUUAUGAAUUAAUAAAUGUGCAGGAAGUUGUUCUGUAACAAUAUUUGUUUCUUCUACUUUGUUGUUGUAACCAUUGAGCACCAGAUGGAUGGUCUUUUAUCUCCCGCUCGGCCUGUUCAGAGAAGUGUGAGAUGUCAGUGACAGAAACAAGCAUUAAACUCAAAGACUGCCUAAA